AUGUGCGAAGUCCAGACGAAAACAGUCACCAAGCUGCGAGAGCGUGUUGAGAAUCUUCUCGCUGAGCAGGCAAUUUCUCGACCAUCUUGCCGGGUUUUGAUUGCGUUGGCCGGCGUUCCAGGGUCUGGCAAGUCCACCAUUGCGGCCGCGCUCCUCGACGAUUUGAAGAGACAUGGAGUCGAUAACGUUGCAGUCCUUCCAAUGGAUGGAUUCCAUUACCCUCGCGCCGUACUGUCCACCUUCGACGACCCUGAUCUAGCCUUCCAACGACGUGGUGCGCCUUUCACAUUCGACGCAGAUGGCUUCUUGAAGCUGAUAAGGCGACUCAAGACGGUGCCAGUGACGGAAUGUGACGAGCCUCAAAUCGUGAUUAGCGCUCCUAGUUUCGACCAUGCAGUAAAGGAUCCUGUGCCAGACGCGAUUGCGAUAUCGUCUCGAACGAAGGUCGUUAUAAUCGAAGGCAACUACACGCUUCUUAACGAGGAUCCAUGGAACAAAAUCGCCGAUCUUGUCGACGACAGGUGGUUUGUCGACGUCCCGACGGACGUGGCACGGCAACGGCUCGCGUCCCGACACCUGGAAGCCGGCAUCGAGAAAACAAUGGAGCGGGCCCUUUUGCGUGCAGACGAGAACGACGUACCAAAUGGCGAUCAUAUUCGUUCCAACCUGAUUGAGCCUACAAUCCGUAUUCUGAACUAG